AUGGACCUCUCUAUCCUGAACGACGCUGCUGCUGCCUCCAAAGCCGAGAAUCGAUCUUCACAGUUUGGUCAGAAGCUGUUGCAGUGCUGCAGCUCGAGGCGAUGGGUGACAGAAAUGGUAACCAAAUUCCCUGUCCGAGAUAUCGAGGAACUGUACCAGGCAGCCGAUGCAGCAGACGCCGCCUUGACACGAGACGAUUGGCUCGAAGCGUUCGCAGCACAUCCAAAGAUCGGGCGCGCAAAACAGCCAAUUCGAGUGUGGGAAGCUCAGGAACAAAAGGUUGUGGACGCAACGAAGGAUGCGGAUGAAGACUUGCUCGAUCGCUUCGAGGAAUUGAAUGAUGCGUACUACAAUAAGUUCGGGUACAUCUACAUUGUCUGUGCGACGGGGAAGACCGCUCCCGAGAUGCUCCGCAUUCUGGAAUAUCGCAUGGAAAACGGUGUUGAAGAAGAGCUUGCCGUGGCUGCAGCAGAGCAGAGCAAGAUUACGAAGCUCCGCCUGAAGAAGCUGAUUCAAGGGUAA